AGUGCGGCAGCUACUGUAGCUGGUAUUCUUCUUCUCAGUCAUCCAAGACUCAGAGAUAACCAUGCAGCAGGCUGGAGCGUGUCACCUGCCAAAUGAAGACGUGGAAGUCCUGAAUUCUGAGUAUGGAAAGAACGUGAUUAAACUCCUUCGCAUUAGGAGAGAAGACAAGAAACACUUUAUUAAAGAAGUGGAGGCUUGCGUGCAUAUUAGCCUAGAUUCUGUCAAUGAGUACUUGCAUGGAGAUAAUUCUGCAGUUAUCCCUACAGACACCAUGAAGAACAUCGUACUUGCUUUGGCAAAAUGCAAAGGGAUCAACACUAUAGAACAGUUUGCCCUUGAUAUCUGCAAUCACCUCAUUUCAUCAUAUUCUCACGUGAUGCAUGUCAAGGUCUAUGUACAAGAGGUACCAUGGCGGCAUCUGGAAAAGAAUGGUGUCCCCCAUGCCCAUGCCUUUAUCUGUGUUCCUGAAGGGAUUCGUUUUUGUGAAGCUGAACAGUGUCAAAAAGGUUGCCCACUUGUUAUCUCUGGAAUUAAAGAGCUGAAACUCAAGAAAACAACGCAAUCUGGAUUCCAAGGCUUCCAUAGGGACAAAUACACCACAAUUCCUGAUCGGAGCGACAGGGUUUUAAGUGCAGAACUAUUCUGCAAGUGGUUCUAUGGCAAGUGCCAAGAUAUUGACUUUGACUGCAUAUGGGACACUGUUCAUGAGUGUGUCCUUGAGGCAUUUUCUGGGCCCCCUGAGUGUGGGCAAUACUCACCCUCACACCAGAAGACUGUCAACAAUAUUCAGAUGCUCAUCCUGGGAAGAGUUCCACAGAUACAGGAGACUGAAGUCACCUUGAACAACUUUUAUUAUAAUGUUGUAGACCUGCAGAAAUUUGGAUUGACCAAUGACAAGGAGGUUCUGAUCCCGGUGGACAUUCCCUAUGCUUCUUAUACAUGCACUCUCGGUAGGAAGAAGUGCUUCAAAGAGCAAGCCUGAAAUGCAAGAGAUAAGCAGCAUGUCAAUUGGAUGGAUGUUUUGACAAGGGACCAACUAAACAUGGGAUCCAUUCACAUAAAUAGGACAAACUUACUUUGUGGCUUUCUUUUCAGAAUGUAUCCAUUCCAUUCAUUGAUCUGACUUUUUCCCCUACAAAUUGCAGAGCUUGGAAUGUUGAAAGGUGCCUGAGGAAUUCAGAUAUCCAAUUCCUACUAAAUCUCAAAAGAAUUUGGGUACCUAAUUCCCUUGAAUUCCUUUGGAAAUCCCAGCCAGAAACACUGAAGUCAGUUAAUCAGAAGACAACUAUUUUAAGUUCCAGAUAAUUAGUCAAUGUCUGUAAUGUGCUUUGCAUAUUUAAACUCCCAAAUAAGUUCAAUAAAUUAUUUACGAAUGUUCAUGCAUUAAUGCAUUCCUCCUUUUAACAUUAGUAUUCAUUUAUGGACAUGAGAUCACAUUUUUAGGUAGAGUAAAUGGUAGGACUUUAAUGGACUACAGUGAUUGCCACACCUGAAGAUCUUGGCCUACUAGUACUAAAUUAGAGAAGUAUUACUUAUAUUACCAAUGUAAAUGCAAUUAGAGAUUAAUUUCUUCAUGAAGCAAAUGAAGAAAUAAAAUCACAUUCUACCUACUUAUAUAUUAUCCUAUUAUAAUAUUAAUAGUACAAAGAUUGACUAAUUUUCAUUUAAAGGUUCUUGUUAGAAGGCUGCUGCACUGUUGCUCAUCAAACAAUCAGCUAUGGGGAUUAUGCAGCUGUAUAAUUGCUUCUGUGUUAAUCAUUCAAAUGCUUACGGUAUUUCUGCGGGAUUAUUUGUGUCUUGGUCUUUAAUUUAACAAUAUUAUCAUGGCUUUUGAGCAGGCAGGAGUCAACCCAAGAAGUGAGCUAUGACUUUUUUGGGAAAAAACAGGUAGACUAAUUUCACUUUAUUUACAACUCCUUUAAAUGUUUAACUAAUCCAGGGUGUAGCUUUGAGCAUGGAUAUUAAAUAGCAAAAUCAGCACAUUUUACACCUCUGUGUUCACAAUCUGCAGCUAACACAUCCACAAUAUAAAAUCUGCUCAAAUCCUGUUAGCGUGCAACUGCUGCCUUUAGUUUCUAAGGGUAGAAUUUUUUAAGCUACUAAAUGCCAUACAAGCGUAAAUCCAAGGUGAUUUGUGUCUAAAUCAUAUAGGCACUUUUGAAAAUCAUACACCUAAAGACUUUGUGCAUUAAACUCCCUCUGUACAUUUAGACUUAUUUUGUCCUACUGGAUCUGAUUAAUGUGCUUUUGAUAGCAAGAAAAAUCAGGGAUCACAUCCUGAAUGGACGUUUUCCCAAAUGAGGUUGCUUGCAUUAUAGGAGCGUCUUGUCCAUUCCCCUGGCACAAAAGAAUUCAUUUGCUUGUCUUAAAAC